AUGGCAACACUAAACUCUGUUGGGGCUUGUCGGUCUGGUUUUUCUCUGCUGCUCAGUUCACAACUGUACAAGACUUUUGUUUGCCCAAAGUUUGAAUAUGAUUUGGCUAUUUCCAUUCUGCUGAAGCAAGAUAUUAAAGUUCUGGAGUCCAUUCAAGAUAAGUGUCUUUGCAUGAUUGUUGGGGGGCAUGCCAUGUUCUCCACAAUUGUGUUGAAGCACAUCUGCAAUCUACCAACAUGCUGCCCAGUUCUUGGAGUUGAUCCAAUUUUGUUUCUGUCAGCCUCACGUGUGGAACGUGGCCGUUUGAUUCGUUGGAGAAUGGGAUGGUUACCAGGUAAACCAAAGGAAUGUUCUUAUAGAUCUGAUCACACCUCAUGCUGCCAUUCGUUGUAUUGUCCACUUGUUCCUUCAGCACUAUUUGAACAGUUGCCUCAACCAGAUCAUGUCCAGAUACCCCGCAUUGAUUUUGCCAUUACAUCCUUGCCUUUAUCAUCUCAAGAACUACGACCUGUCUACUGGAUACCACUGAUGACUAUUCUCUGGCACACAGAUGUUAUAUGUAAUCCUGAUGGUGACUAUUCAUAUGAAACUGAACAUGGUACUCUUUGGAUAUAA